AUGCCUGGCAUUGUAAAACUACACGGGCAUUAUGUUCAUUCCUUCCUCGAACCUGCAAGAUGUGGAAUGAUCUCCUUCGUGAAGUACCUAUUUGCUUUGCGCUAUGACAAGGUGUUCUUCGAAAAGCGUGAAAAGCGCUCGCCGCUACUGCAAUAUCAUAUUGCAUUAGUUCCUUUUUGUUUCCAACAGAAAGCCUUCAUCGCCGUUUUCGCCCUAGUGGCAGCAGUUAGCGCGGAUGUGUCCCAUCUGGCCCGCUCGCGCAGUGGCGGUCCCGACGCUGAAGCUCAGAUCUUGAGGCAAGAUGCUGACGUUAACGUUGAGAGCUACAAUUAUGCCUAUGAGACAAGCAAUGGUAUCGCUGCCCAGGAAGCUGGACAAUUGAAGAACGCCGGCCGCGAGGACGCAGCCAUCCAGGUCCAAGGUUCAAACUCAUACACUUCUCCUGAAGGCCAAGUUAUCCAGCUGCAAUAUGUCGCUGACGAAAACGGCUACCAACCUCAGGGUUCCCAUCUGCCUACUCCCCCUCCUGCUCCCGAAAUUCCUGACUACAUUGUCAGGGCUCUGAAGUACAUCGAGGCCCAUCCUCCUCCACCAGAAAGCCCAAACGCAGCUAGAACGAAUGCCUACGGUAGAUUCUAAUCUAAACAAGGCACCAAAACACUC